AUGCAUCUCCGGGAGAAGUUAUCUAGAAACGGCCACAUCAACGAUGAGCCACACUCGACUGGCUCCCUCGAGCUACCAAAACUUUCUUCCGAAGACGAAACGAACAAGCCGCUUGUGAGCCCCGAACGUGUCUUUAAGACACGGAUAAACGAAGGCACAGUAUACGAAUCCGGCUACCACGCGAUGUGGAAGGCCCCGACUACAGAACAAGAAAUCAUUAUCACAUGGGACGGCCCGCACGACCCUACGAAUCCAUUGAACUGGUCUCCAAAGCGAAAAUGGGUCGUUACUAUCCUCGUGUCGAUGUUUACAUUCAUCUCCCCAUUCUCAUCGACGAUGAUUGCGCCAGUACUGCCGGUGAUUUCACAUGACUUUGGUAUUCCAGAGGGCUUUGAGCAACAGCUUGUUAUGACAAUCUUCCUGCUAGGAUAUGCUCAGGGUCCGUUCGUGCUGGGACCGCUGUCUGAGAUCUAUGGCCGGGUGACUGUAUUGCAGUAUGCCAACCUCAUCUACCUUGUCUUCAACACCGCCUGUGGCUUUGCACAAUCAAAACAGCAGAUGCUCGCGUUCCGCUUCUUGGCCGGGGUUGGGGGCGCGGCACCUCAAGCACUGUGCAAUGGUGUUCUAGCCGACACAUGGCGUAAAGAAGAGCGCGGCAAGGGUCAAGCGAUCUACGGCAUGCUGACCUGGAUCAGCCCUUGCGUUGCUCCCAUCUGCGCUGCUCACAUCUCUCAAGGCGCCCACUGGCGUUGGAUCUUCUGGUCGACAUCUAUUUUCACUGUCUUUGUUCAAGUCACCGCCUUCUUCCUCCUCAACGAGACAUUUGCGCCGGCGAUUCUGGCCAAGAAAGCAUCAGCUAUCCGAAAAGCACUAACAGGCGUUCGUGAAGGUGUGGUUGUACGCACAGAAUACGAGACCGGGGACCGCUUUAGUAAGAUCUUGCGGAAGAGACUGAUCAUGCCGUUUAUCAUGAUGUGUACUCACCCGGCUACGCAGGCGCCAUCCAUUUACCGCGCGUAUCUGUAUGGCGUACUAUAUCUCAUGCUGUCGACUUUCCCACUCGUAUUUGAGGAGGUGUACGGCAUGGCCAUCGGUCCCGCGUCGCUAAACUACCUCUCCUUAUGUCUAGGUCUCAUGCUUGGUCUGCAGAUCUCGCAUCCUCUCAUGGACGGCCUCUACGCCCGCCUUAAAGUGCAAUACAACCUCGAAGAAGGCCUUCCCGAAUUCCGCGUUCCACCCAUGCUCAUCGCUGGGCUCUUGUGCCCCAUCGGUCUGUUCAUCUACGGCUGGACGGCACACUAUGGCGUACAUUGGAUAGUUCCCAACAUUGGUUGUGUGAUCGUCGCCAUUGGCAUGAUCAUUGGCUUCCAGUGCUCACAAGCGUACACAACAGACACAUACGAAGCGCAAUAUGCUGCAUCUGCUGCAUCUGUCGGAGCGUUCAUGCGCACCAUGUGUGGAUUCGGUUUCCCGCUCUUUGCUCCCCAGAUGUAUGAGAAGUUGGGUUUGGGAUGGGGCAACAGUCUACUUGCGUGUUUGACGCUGGGGCUGGCGCUUGUGAGCCCUGUGUUGCUUUGGUUCUAUGGCCCGAAGUUGAGAGCGAUGAGUACGAGGGGAAUACAGACAAAACCUUCGGUAGAGCAAGCGAUACAAGAAGGGAAGUUUCAGCCGGGAGCACGGCCAUGGGUAUGACCGAGUUGACACUUGGUGCCUUCCAUUCGUCUCUAAAGGCUUUUACUGUAGUCAUUAUUCAAAGUAUACCGCG